ACGGGCCCGCGGGGGCUGAACGGGGAUCCCGGGGGAUCUGAACUGGGGGACCCGGUUACACUGCCCUGGGGGAUGGGUCUGGGGUCCUGAUAUGAGGGGUCUCAAUUAGGGGGGUCUGAAUUUGGGGUCUGGGGGGGAACUGGGGGUCCUGACAUGAGGGGUCUCAAUUGGGGGGUGUGAGUUUGGUGUUUGGGGAUUUAUUUGGGUGUCCUGGCCGGGUGCUGCAGGAGAGUUUGGGCUACCCUGGCCACGUUCUCCAGGUGUGGUUUUGGGGGUCCCAGGAGUCCUGAAAUGGGGGGUCUGAGAUAGAGGGUCUGGACUGGGGAGUCUGGGGGUCCUGGGGAGCUGGACAGGUUCUCCAGGGGGUUGGUUUUGGGGGGCCAGGGUUUCUGAUGGACAGGAUCUGAGCUGGGGCUCUGGGGGCUGUAUUUAGGAGUCCCAAGGGUCCUGGCUGGGGGUUUUUGGGUGUACUGGGGCUCCUGGAGGCGUGCUGGGUUCUCCAGGGAUAUGGUAUUAGGGGGUCUGGGGUCCUGAGAUGGGGAGUCUGACCUUGUGGGUCAUGGGGGCCUGGUCAGGAGGUGCCAGGGGACUGAACUGGGGGUCCCAGGGGGACUGGCCAUGUUCUCUGGGGUGGGGGGGGUGUAUUGGGGGUCCUGGGGAUCCUGAAGGCUUGGCCAUAUUUACUGGGGAUGGGUGUUGGGGGUCCUGGGAGCCUGAACUGGAGGUCCUGGGGGUCUCUGGGGACCUGAUUUGGGAGCCUGGCCACAUUCUUCUGGGGGUCCUGUGGGACUACCUGUGGGCUCUGACAUGGUCCUGGGGAUCCUGGCCAGGGGAUCCCAGGGAAUCUGAACUACAAUGGGUGCAUCUAAGCCCCCCAACUUCUCGUGGGUGGUCGAGGGCCGGCUGGCGGGGCUGGCGAUGCCGCGGGAGCCGGGGCACUACCGGUACCUGCGGGAGCACGGAGUGCGGCACCUCGUGUCCCUGACCGAGCGGGCCCCGCCCCACCACGGCUGCUGUCCCCAAAUCCAGCUCCACCGGCUCCGAGUGCCCGACUUCACCCCCCCGAGCCCCGAGCAGAUCCAGAGCUUCCUGCAGAUCGUGGAGGAGGCCAAUGGCCGCGGGGAGGCUGUGGCAGUUCACUGCAUGCUGGGCCACGGCCGGACAGGCACCCUGCUGGCCUGUUACCUGUGCAAGGAGCGGCACCUGGCCGCCGGUGACGCCAUCCGCGAGAUCCGGCGCCUCCGGCCCGGCUCCAUCGAGACUGCGGAGCAGGAGCAGGCUGUGAUCCGCUUCUGCCAGUGCCUGCACACUGGGGAGCGUGGUGAGGAGACCUGAGCACGUGGAUGGGAUCCAUGGAAUUGGGCACCCUGAAGUGCUGGGAGUUCCCAGCCCCAUGUCUGUCCCUCCUGCAUUAAAGGACUGGCCUGUG